AUGCCAACUGUUACUAUAACAUUUAUUCCUUCGGCUGAACUCGACGCUAAAACCGAUUUCCAAGUACUGCUUCAACAUUAUAGCACAUUUGUGCAUAAAGGUCUAGCAACCGAAGGUGUGGGCCCUCGAGGAUCGCUACCCAGGACAUUUGUUAACACGCUUGGGCACCCUAAUUCACUUUAUCCUAAAGUGACAGGUAAUUUCGAACAAAGCAAGGCGUCGUCUCUUUUGUCAAGCUGCGUUAUUAGCCUGAAAGCUAGCGUUAGUCAUGGUCUCGCUAAGGCCCUUGCAUUGAUAUCAUUGACCAUUUGCGUAGUCUCUUUAUUUUGUCUGUUCGCCGUUGAUUUCCUCAGUGAGUCAUCUGGUUAA